GCGGAUUACCUGACUGGAGUGUUAUUGUGUGAGGCGAUUGUUGUUGUUGUGAAGAAAACUGAACAAUGGUGCAACUUUCGAAGGCUGGAGUGCGAGACACGCUGAAAGCUGGUCAUCCGCCUGCAGUGAAAGCAGGAGGAAAGAGAGUGGUGAAGAAGAGCGCUGAUGAGAGUGCCAAUGUGGAGAAGGAGACCAAGAAAACAGACAAACCCAGGUCUCUGCUGGCCCCAUCCAGAAUGCAGCAUCUGAGUCUUCUUCUGGCUGGACCACUGGAGAAGUUGGGUCAUGAUUUCCCAGAGACUCCAGUUUCUGUGCGACACAGUCGGGUCAGACCGAGCGUGGAGAAACCACACAUCUCACGCAUCCCCUGCAUUCAACAGCCACGCAAGUUCUGAGCCAAAAUGGAGUCCGCCGAGCUUCAGGCAACUAGGAAGAGGACGUGUUUCUAGGUGAAUGUGGAGCAUCAUGACCAUCACUUACUUGUAGCAUUGUAACAAACCAGCUGUAAUUCUCUUCAGGUUGUUCGGUUUAUUUGUAGCUUUGCAGUUUUGAGGUAAAUCUUUCUUUCUGCUUGCGUUGUGAAAUCUUCAUUUAACCCAGUGUGAAUUAAAGCUCUGCCUGCUGCUUUA